AUGUCCUCUGAACUGCUUUCGUCACCUUCAUCGCCCCUCAUGAUCUCCACUAUACCUCCUCCUCGACCCGUCUCGGUCAAUUCGCUGGAAAGAGCGCCAGCCAUCCCGACUCUUUCAUACCCGCACGCGAAGGAAGCAGGGAUUCGAAGCGCCAGUGCUGGAUUCCAGAUUCACGAUGAUACAGCCUCUUCUUGCACUACCAGCCUUGGUCAGCCGGACUGCCAGUUUGCGGAUUCCCCGGUGGAGGAGGAGAUGCAGAUCCAAUCUGUGGACACUCAGUCAUACAAGUCUAAAGUGCGUUUCGAUGAUCUGCCUGUUGAGGUGCACGAUGCCAUUCUCGAUCAUCUCUUUGGGGAACGUGUUUCGACCCUCACCAUGGGCGUUCCCGGCAAGUCGGCCCGCAAUUGGAGCAGAUGUCUGCGUCAUCCGAGGAGGAAGGCUCUGUCCGAUCUGGCUCUGAUAUCGCCGGUAUGGAGAGUCUUGGUGCAGGACCGGAUCUACCGACAUAUCAAAAUCAAAGGCACUAUUGACGAAUUGUCGGAAAGUGCGAGUUGGUUCGACUUGAAACCCCACCUGGCCAUGUAUGUGCGUCAGGUCGAGUUCUGGGUGCCGGUCUGGGGGAACAGGACGGCGAGAAAUCUCCCAAUGUAUCAGCCGCGACGGCGUCUCCAUGAGGAACAUCUAGCGGUGAUGGAUGUGACGGCUCUGCUGCAGGCCACCAUGCCAGGCUGGGAAAAUUCCGAUCCCUUCCUGCCGCGCGGCCAUCCAUUCUACUAUGCAAGUAGCAAUGCCACGCUUGAGGAUAUCUUCCAUCAUGUCAAGAAUCAUUUUCCCGAAGCUCGGAUCCUGACGCUGGAAGGGGGCCACUGCAAGAAACCACCGAUGAUCCGGCACUUUGUCAACGACGCCUACGGCUUCUCCUCGAUCGAGCGGCUGCCCCCGCUGCCGAACAUCCAGAUCCUCGUCAUGCGUGGGGCCUGGAACAUCAUGCGGGAGCAUCAGCACUGGCGCAACAUCUCCCAGGCCCUGCCGGGCCUCCAGGAGUGGCACUGUGCCUACGCCAAACCCAAAAUCGAAGGUUACGAGACCAUCGCCAAGAUCCUGGUCAAACCACCACCCACUCUGCUCCAUUUGAACAUCAGCCUUGAAGGAUUCUCGAACAAGGAAAAUACACACCCUAGCUGGUUCAGUGACGGGGCGCAGCCGCCGCACCUGUGUCGCUUGUUGGGCGAGAUUGCUCCGCGCCUCAUGUCACUCUCCUUCACGGGCAAAGUCUGCGCGUGCUUCUUCCAGGCGACGAACAGCAAAUCCUCGUCCAGCCGGACCGAAGUGUCGAAACUCCGGUUCCUCGAUCUGGCGGUGAAAACCUGCUGCCGCGAGAAGCGGGCAGGGGCCGUUUUCCCGUUCUUCGACGACUUCUCCGGCAUCGGCAACACCCAUUUCAUCCAGUCGUUCGAGAAGCUGGUCGUCGGCGCCGUUCAGAGUCUCGGCGCGCACCCGUCCCUGAACAACAUCCGCAUUCGUUUCAUUGAUCUCGACUCUGCCUGCCCGCUGCUGAACCCCUACUUCCAGCUCGCAGACAACACCUGCACGGGUCUCUGGAACGAGCCCAUCCUCCACAAGCUGAACCAGUUCCGGCCGCAGGCGCGCUUCGUCGAGCUGCGCGAUGGCAUCUACCCGCAGUAUGGACCCAACCACCAGAUUGUCGGGGCGGUGAUUCCGCGAUCGCGGCCGCUGAGCAUCCACUCCUGCGCGUACAAGAUCAUCGCGGACGCGUCGAAGUCAUAG